AGAUUAGUAAUUAAUUAGGUGCAUUCGAGUUCGACUUUGUCUCCGAUCGAGUCUUCGUCUCCGCUCACUUCACAAUCGCACCCCUUUGUGCUGGCAUAAAAAUCCGAUCGACCAGGACAACCUGGAUCGCAGAUCUCGGUGCCGGUGCUGAUCUGCCUCCGCUGCUUUUCUGUGUAGUGGUUGGCUUAGGAGAUGCAGCAUAUUCCAACGACAAUUGAGGAGCAGCUCCUCUUGAAGGCGAUAAGGGACGAAAGCCCAUGGGAAAACUUGCCGAAGAGACUUCAGGCGGUGCUUGCUUCGAAAGAAGAGUGGCACAGAAGGAUCAUCAACCACUGCAUCAAAAAACGUCUACAGUGGAAUCAUUGCUUUGCACGCAAAGUCUGCAAAGAAGGAGAAUAUUAUGAAGAGAUGAUGCGCUAUCUGCGUAAGAAUCUAGCUUUAUUUCCCUACCAUCUUGCGGAAUAUGUUUGCCGUGUAAUGAGAGUGUCACCAUUCAGAUAUUACUGUGACAUGAUCUUUGAAGUUUUGAAGAAUGAGCAACCUUACGAUAGCAUCCCAAAUUUCAGUGCUGCAGAUGCUCUGAGGCUUACAGGAAUUGGACGAAACGAAUACAUCGAUAUUAUGAACAAGUGCAGAUCGAAGAAGAUUAUGUGGAAGCUGAACAAGUCAAUUGCUAAGGAAUUGCUCCCCACACAGCCUGUGGAUUUUCCAGUUGAGCCAUGGUGGGGAGUUUGCCUUGUUAAUUUCACACUGGAAGAAUUCAAGAAACUCACUGAAGAAGAAACAGCAACCAUAGACAAGGUCUGCAAGGAGGAAGCAAAUUCCUUUGUUCUUUUUGAUCCUGACAUUGUAAGAGGUCUUUACAGAAGGGGAUUGAUAUAUUUUGAUAUUCCAGUUUAUCCCGAUGAUCGGUUCAAAGUUUCCAGGCUUGAAGGGUUUGUUUCAAACAGGGAACAAUCCUAUGAGGAUCCAAUUGAAGAGUUGUUGUAUGCAGUUUUUGUUGUCUCAAGUGAGAAUGCUACUGUUGCUGAAUUGGCAGCUACUCUGCAGGCUGACCUUUCUCAGCUGCAGGCAGCUGCAUCAUUUGCUUGCCGAUUGGGCUGGGCUGUAAAGCUUUUGGAUCCAGAAUCUGUCCUUCAUGAUUCGAGCAUUCAUGGAUUGGCUAACAAUAUACUAAGUGAUGACGAGGAAGGUUCUAAUGUUAGCAUUAGCUCAGAAAAAUCUGGUCAGCAGAAUCAUGGUUUGGUAGCCGAGAAAGAUAGAACAAUUUCUGGCAUUGCUCAUGUUGCUUUUGUUGUUGAUGCCAAUAUAACUUCCUAUUUGAUGAUGGGUUCUGUUUCACCAGGUUUGAAGUCUCAUGCUGUAACGCUCUAUGAAGCUGGAAAACUUGGUGAUUCUAGUAUUGCUGAACUCUGCAAGGAUCUUUCUACAUUAGAAGGGAAAAAAUUUGAGGGUGAAUUACAGGAAUUUGCCAAUCACGCUUACAGCCUUCGUUGUGUCCUUGAGUGUCUUCAUUCUGGUGGAAUAGCUGAAGAUGACAAGAAUGAGAGAACAAUCAAUUCAGUUGAUACACGACUCCAUCAGUCUGGUGGAGUAGAUAAUGGUGACAAGAAUGAGAGAGCAAUUAAUCAAACUGGUAUACAGAAUUACUUUGUGGAUGCUACAAGUUCACUUAUAUCUGAAAUUGAGAUUUCAGACACAAAUGAAGCAAAGAUAUAUCAUAAUGUUGAUUCUUCAACACACAGUCACACUAAUAUUCACCGGACUGAUUCUUCUGAGGAAUGUGAUGGUGCAAAUGUUCAUCUUCUACCAUAUUCAGAAACUUCAGCUAAAGAUAACACAUCUAGACAGGAAAAUUAUUCACCUUGGGAUCAAAAGAUUCCAUCUUUAGAUGGUCCAGAAAACGAAAAGAUCAUUCAAAAAAGAAAAAGGAAGUACCGUGUUGAUAUUCUUCGUUGUGAAAGCUUGGCUUCUCUUGCACCGGCAACAUUAGAUCGUCUGUUUCUCAGGGACUAUGAUAUUAUUGUGUCAAUGGUUCCACUUCCUGCUUCAUCAGUUUUACCAGGUUCUUCAGGUCCGUUCCACUUCGGUCCACCCUCAUAUUCUUCAAUGACACCAUGGAUGAAACUAGUUUUAUAUACUAUAGUGGAAAAUGGACCUAUCUCAGUUGUCUUGAUGAAAGGACAGUGUUUGCGAUUGCUUCCUGCCCCAUUAGCUGGUUGUGAGAAGGCACUAAUAUGGUCUUGGGAUGGUUCUACAGUCGGAGGCCUUGGAGGCAAGUUUGAAGGGAAUUUGGUUAAUGGAAAUGUAUUAUUACAUUGCUUAAACUCAAUCCUUAAGCAUUCGGCUGUGCUGGUUCAACCUCUUAGUAGAUAUGAUCUUGAUAAUUCAGGAAGAAUGGUGACUGUGGAUAUUGCAUUACCGCUUAAGAAUUUUGAUGGAUCUGUUCAACCUGUUGGAUCAGACAUGGGACUAGAUCCAGAAGGAAUUGCAAACUUAAAUACAUUGUUAGAGGAGCUCUCUACCAAAAUAGAAUUAUUAACAGUUGGUUAUAUUCGCCUUCUAAGAUUGAGGAAGGUGAUACAGUCAGAGAUGUUUUCUUCAGAUGAUGAAAAGUAUGAAUGGGUUCCUUUAAGCUUGGAAUUUGGAAUUCCUUUGUUUAAUCCCAAAUUGUGUAGCAGAAUUUGUGAAAGGAUAUUCUCAUCACAUUUACUGCAAACAGACUGGCUUAGCGAACACCAUGAUGCAAUGCAAAGUCUAAGAAAAAGAUUGCGUGAGCUUUGCUCUGAAUACCAAGCAACAGGCCCAACAGCAAAGCUGUUUUACCAUAUCGAUCGGGUUCGGGAAUCACCUCGUCAUUUGAUCAGCUAUGCAAGUGGAAAAUGGAGCCCACAUUUGGACCCUUCAACGCCAAUUUCUUCAGCCUCUAGUGAACAUCAGAGGCUCAAACUUGUAAAUCGGCAACGGUGUCGAACAGAGAUUCUUAGCUUUGAUGGGAACAUGCUCAGGUCUUAUGCACUUGGUUCUAUUUAUGAAACUGGUGGACAUCCAUUUGAAGAGUCAACGUCUUCUGGUGGAACAAAACAUGAAUCUGAUGAGGACAACAGUCGAGAAGUUGCCCUGCCUGGUGUUAAUUUAUUGUUUGACGGGGCAUUGUUGCACCCAUUUGAUAUAGGUGCAUGCUUGCAAGCUAGACAGCCUGUUUUGCUAAUAGCCGAGGCAUCAUCCGCAUCUACUUCAAUGCAGGAAACUAGGACGUCCUUAUAGUGUUAUAACUUACAAGUUCGAGACAAGGCUAGCAUGUCUCCUUUGUUUACUUGAGCAGUUCUCUUGCAGCAUCUUUGAAGACUCACUGUCGCCGUUCUAUUCCAAGUAUUAUUUAAUUCAAGCAGGUUCUUUGUCCAACUAUGAUUGACCAAAAUUUUCGAGAAUUUUUGGUUUGUCCAUAAAAUUUUCUUAUCCGGGAGAAUGAGUUGUGAUAUCAUAUAUGCUCUAUAUUCCUUGUACACUUUGAUCCUCUGCAACUACAUUAUGGUUGUUCUAGGCUGUAA